AGUGGGUUGAGGGACCGAGGAAGGGGGAGUGGAGGAGAGAGAGGACGGGGUGGAGAGAGGGACAGGGGAGAGAGGGAGCAGACAGUCAGUCAGUCUCGCGGUCUCCUCUGGAUUCACCGUUGGUCAGCGACGCGCACCCACAGCAUCUCACGGGCGGUGAGUUAGUGUCUCCGCCGGCGCUGCUCUCCUCACAGUUACGACCCUGAAGACUAUGACCGGUGGAUCUGUCUGCCAGUCCGUGGUCAUCCAGCUGGACAGAUAAGAGCAUCGGCGACCUGUACAUCCAACGCCUGCGCCCCAGGAAAAUGAGGACUCUCUUAUUGUGCAUCACUUGGCUUUGUCUCUGCCUGUCCCUGGAAGGCCUGUCUUUGAUUUCAUGGAGAACAGAGGCGGUGGACGGGAGAGGAAGUGGGGCAGCCAUCAGAGGAAAGAAACUGCUUCGAAGAGUCAAACGGGGAUGGAUGUGGAACCAGUUUUUCCUGCAGGAGGAGUACACAGGCAGUGACUACCAGUACAUUGGCAAGCUUCAGUCAGACCAGGACCAUGGCAACGGUGUGGUCAGAUAUGUCCUGUCUGGUGAAGGAGCCGGCAGCAUCUUCGUCAUCGACCAGAAUAACGGCGACCUGCAUGCCACCCGCCGCCUGGAUCGUGAGGAAAAGUCUUUUUAUAUACUCAGAGCCACAGUUGUGGACAAGCGCACGGGUCAAAAGCUGGAGCCGGAGACAGAGUUCACCAUCAAACUUCACGACAUCAAUGAUAAUGAGCCCACGUUCAGUAAAGAGGUCUACACUGCCACCGUGCCAGAGCGCUCCGACAUCGGGACGUCCAUCAUCCAAGUGACCGCCACGGAUGCUGAUGACAGCAUGUAUGGCAGCAGUGCUAAACUGGUGUACAGCAUCAGCCAGGGACACCCGUACUUCUCUGUGGACCCAAACACUGGUGUGAUCCGUACAGCACUGGGUCCUGGGGACAUGGACCGUGAGCAGAGAGAGCACUACCAGGUGGUGAUCGAGGCCAAAGACAUGGCCGGUCAGAGGGGGGGGCUCACGGGCACCACGGUGGUAAACAUCAGCCUGACUGACGUCAACGACAACCCGCCCCGCUUCACCCAGAGUAUUUACCAGUUUAGAGUCCCGGAGCUAGCCAAGUCUGGAACCCCAGUCGGGCGAAUCCAGGCCACUGACAGAGACGUGGGGAGGAACGCAGAGAUGUAUUUCACUAUCAUCAGCGGAGACGGCAUGGACGUGUACGAGAUUUUCACGGACAAAGACACUCAGGAGGGAGUGAUCACUGUCAGCAAGCCCCUGGACUUUGAAAAGAAACCGUCGUACACUGUGGAAAUCCAGGUCCAGAACACACACAUGGACCCGCGCUUCAUGUCUGCAGGAUCCAAAGAUGUGGCCACAGUGAGGAUUGCGGUGGAGGACAUGGAUGAGCCGCCCAUGUUUGACAAGGCCAGUUAUGUGAUGGAGCUGAAAGAAGACGCUGAGGUGGGAGUGGCAGUGGGCUCCGUCAGCGCCGUGGACCCAGAUGCAGCCCGCAGCAUGGUCAAGUACUCCAUCGACCGCCGCACCGACAUGGACCGCCUCUUCAACAUCCAUCCAGGGAAUGGAUCUGUGUUCCUGCUCAAACGUCUGGACAGAGAGGAGGCAGCCUGGCACAACAUCUCCGUCCUGUGUUUGUCUUCAGACAACCCCCGUCAGAGCAGCCACGUCCCGGUCUACAUCCAGGUGUUGGACAUCAACGACAACCCUCCGACCUUUGCCACCGUUUAUGAAACCUUCGUCUGUGAAAGAACCAAGGCUGGACAGCCGAUCCAGACGGUCAGCGCCGUUGAUGCGGAUGAGCCGUCAUCAGGACACAAGUUCUUCUUCAGUCUUGCCCCCGAGAAGAUGCACCGAAGCAACUUCACCGUCCGAGACAAUGGAGAUAACACCGCCAGCAUCCUGACACGGAGAGCCAGCUACAGCCGACUUCACCAGAGCAUCUACCUGGUUCCCGUGGUGAUCACAGACGGCGACUACCCCAUGCAGAGCAGCACGGGGACCCUCACUGUGCGGGUGUGCACCUGUGACCGCGACGGCAACAUGGAGCUGUGUAAUCCUGAGGCUCUGAGCAGCUCGGCUGGCAUUAGCACGGGGGCGCUCAUCGCCAUCCUCCUGUGCGCCAUCAUACUGCUGAUGAUUGUGGUUCUGUUCACGGCCUUAAAACGCCAGAGGAAGCAGGAACCGCUCAUCAUCUCCAAGGAGGACGUCCGCGACAACGUGGUGAGCUACAACGACGAAGGCGGCGGUGAGGAGGACACUCAGGCUUUUGACAUCGGAGCGCUGCGACAUCCCGACGCGGCCACGUCUAUGGAGGAAUCUGCCAAACAGAGGCGUGACAUCAUCCCCACUGACACCCUGCUCUACCCGCCGCUGCGCCGACCCGUAGCUGCCAACAACCUCAUGAUGCCGCCGGCCAGCUUGGUCUCGCGGGACAACGGCGACGUGCGUGAAUUCAUCAACCAGAGAAUUCUGGAGAACGACUGUAACCCCACGGCGCCCCCCUAUGACUCGCUGGCCACCUACGCCUACGAGGGAACUGGCUCAGUGGCCGAGUCGCUGAGCUCCCUGGGCUCGGUGUCGUCGGAGGCUGAGCAGGACUAUCACUACCUGAGUGACUGGGGGCCCAGGUUCAGGAAACUGGCUGACCUGUACGGGGCUGAGGACAGUGAUUUCUCCUAACAAAGACACACACAGUCACACACACUGAGACACACGACACAAACACACACACACUUCAAUGUCAAAGGCAAGAUUCAAGAUUUUGACCAGCGCAGGGCCGAGCAGAGCAGUCACAGACUGGAAAUAAAAAAACAAAAAAUAAAAAAAAAGGAGAAAAAAAAGACUAUUUUUUCACAUACGGCGAGAGUUGAUUCCUGAAAUGCAAGAACGGAGAAUGAAACCUGAUCUCUGUCCUGCCUUUACUUCACAUGAACGUUAACAAGUCUUUUUUCAAAAGAAGACCCAGAGUCUCAGAUAUGUUUAUUUGGGAACCCAGGUGUAAAUCGACCAAUCCGAGGGCGGAUCCAAAGACCUUUCAGUUUCCCCAGUUUGGACCUCUGCAGCAACUCUUUUCUGGCCUGAAAGGCGUUGGGAAAUUAAAUUAGACUGUAUUUUCUAUGGAGAAUUGGACUUUUCAGGUUAUGCUUUAAUCUCUGAAUAAUUAUUUUGCUGAGUAUUGCUUGUGGCUUCUGUGUGCCAUUUGUGUCGGGCUCCGAGGAGCAUUUGGAACGAGGUCAGUCAACAAAACCCGUGUUUGUUUUUGUUCUUGUUUUUUUUCCCUCCCAGAACUGAACCGCACUCUUUGCUGCAGAUAUAGAGUGAAGAGUGUGUGUGGAAAACACAGUUUUAUUUUCUUUCUGACUAAGUGCCCUUUGUGCUGCCCUUCAAGCUGAACUGCGAACGUCUGUGCUGCGGUCGACACUGGAGGCGGCUGACGACUUUUCCCUGAUUGCUUUUUGUCGUUCUGGCUGUUGUACAAAAUGAUCAUUCCAGAGGAGCUGUUCUGAAGGAUCCUCGCUCGAAAAUCAACCUUCUUCGGGACACAGAGUAAAGAAAACUCCUUCGAUGCACUGAUUGCUUUAUGUUUAUGCAGUUUUUUUUUUUUUGUUUGUUUUUUGUGCUGCGCAAAGAACAAAGAAAUAGAUGUUGACCACAGCAUUUUUACAUUUUUAACUAAUUGGACUGGUGUGUUGUCAGAACUGUCGCUGGAUACAGUUGUACUGGAAGAAUAUAACCGAAGAUUCAACCGACCUUUCAUUUCUCUUGAGUGAAACGCAGUGUAAAAUGUUACACGUGCGGUCGCCGAACAGUGUUGAGGAAUAUCGUGGAUGGUAUUUUGGUCUCCAACGUCAUUAAGGAGAUGUGGAGAUCUGUCACAUUAAAAAAAAUGUUAUUGUUUAAAUGUUCAG